AUGCGGCGAGGCGUGCGCCUCUACACGCUGCUACUGUGCGCCGAGCCCUGCCGCGGACCGCUCCGUCGCGCCCACGCCGGCUGUCACCGCCAGGGCGCCGCUCUUCACAUUUGGCUGACUGAUGGCGGAGCCGCUCGGACACUGCGCCCCUGGCCCACCAUUAAUAACACACCGGCCGACAACUCGUGCGCCGGUCCCGUCCAGGCGCCCGGCCAACUCUGCGCCAGGCGGCUGCUGGGCCGCGGCUCGAUGUUCGUGGUGUCGCGGCGGCAGCUGGAGCGGCUGGUGGGCGACGCCGGUCCCUCGCUGUGGGGCGGCGUGCUGCUCGACCUGGGCGCCGGCGACGGCCGCGCCACCAGCGCCAUCGCCUCUCUCUUCUCGCAGGUCUACGUCACCGAGGUCUCCGUGCCCAUGCGCUGGAUACUCGCCAGGAGGGGCUACCAGCUGGUGGAGGCGGACGAGUGGCCGUACCUGGAGCUGCGGCCACACGUGAUUAGCGCGCUGAACCUGCUGGACCGCUGCGACCGUCCGCUGACGCUGCUGCGGCAGCUGCGAGAGACUCUCAGGCCCGGGGGGCGCGCUCUGGUCGCGCUCGUGCUGCCCUACCAUCACUACGUCGAGACAGGUGGACAAGCAGAUCAUCGUCCAACUGAAUGGUUACCCAUCAAAGGAGAAACAUUUGAGGAGCAGGCAGCAUCAGCCAUUGUUGACUUAUUUGAACCAGCAGGCUUCCAUGUUGAACGAUGGUGCAGACUACCAUAUUUGUGUGAAGGAGAUCUCAAUCAGGCGUUUUACUGGCUAGAUGAUGCACUUUUUGUUCUUAGUGUAUCCAACAGCUGAUCAGAAAGUAACUUAUGUGCAAAGGUGUUAUUUAUAUUGUGUCUUCUUUAAGUGCAUUGGAAAUCUGCUCAGCAAUAAUAAAAACUUAAAACAUUCCAAUCAAUGGUAUAUACAGUGCCUUUAGCAGUAAAUACCACAGCCAUGAAUAAAUUCAACUGUGUUCAUAAAACUCAAUGUCCUGAAGGUAUUACAUCACUUCUGUUGUUCCCUUAGGUGUAAUUUUACAUAUCUGAUAGUUAAAAUCAACUAAAAGAAUCAGUAUAUUAUUGAUACAUCACAUACAAGAUGAGAGGCAUGUUUU